AAUAACUGUUUGGAUAUGACUUGCUCGGGCAAAAGGUGUGCAUUGGCCCGAUCAAGCCUGACUUCUAGCCAAGUUUCCGAACCAAACGCACCCUCGCCAGCCCCGGGAAGAAAGGCCCAAGGGAGAAACCUGGGGCGCUCGGCUGGUGCCCCCACCGCCGGGCGAGGGAUGCGGGCGGUCCGUGCACGGCAGGCGGAAAGGAUCGUGUUUCUGGACCCGGCCACCCCCCGCGUCCGCAACGCCGCCCCCGAGGGACGAGUGACAGCGGCCGCCGCGCUCGGUCCAGUCUUCCCGGCUGGAAGCGCCGAGGUGCGCCGAGCAGGAGCAGGGAACAAAGGAGCGGAGAGGGGAGGGGAGAGAGUUGGGCGAGGGAGAGCCCCCGGCCGGCUGCCAGAAGAUCCCGGCGGGAGGAAGCCCAAGUGUCACUUGAAUUCCACCCAAGGAGCGGGCGCCUGGGAUCAGAGCGCCCUGUUAGCAAUAACGGCUGGAGCACGUCCUACAAGUUACGGGAGAGUCGGCUGUGAAGGAGACCGUUCGCUUGUCCCCUGUGUCCCCGCUCCUGGCCCCUCCAGACCCCAGCCUUGCCUCGCGCUGGGAGGGGAGAUCCAGAAUGAAAGGCAAGAAAGGUAAGGCGGCCGCGGGCUGCGCGCACCAGGAGGCGCGAGUCCGGGGAAACGUGCUGGCCGGGCCGCGCCGCGCGGAGUCACUUGGUGGACUUUUCCGCCCAGGGGCUCUCAUGCUGGAGUGGCGGCCGUGCUCUUUGUUGAGGCUGCGUCUGAAACGGCAGCGGCUGUUUUCCUGCUAGACACAACACGAGGGGCUGUUGUGGGGCGAGCCUCUCCACGCUGCUGGCACGUUGUCAAGAAACACGCUCAGCGCCUUGUUUGUGCGCCUGCAAGUUUCAUUGUCUCCGCCGACACCCCACGCUUGGCCCAGCCGCCGCGUGGCUUCUCGCUCUUUCUCGCGUGCUGGGGAUAUGGGGUCCGAGUAGGGAGGACCCAGCACCUGGUUUUUCCCGAUCCGGACCCGAGGCGGCCGGGGCCGCGGGACCGCCGCGCCUUUGUCUGAAAGUUCCAUUCCUAGGCUCCCCCUGCCCCCGCCGCCCCCCUACUCCCAGCCGGGCCCUAGCACUGUUCUUUAGGGAUGUGGUGUUUUUACGAUCGAAGGAAUGCGAUUCUGGACCCCCUCAUCGCCCUCGGGUGUAAACAGCUUUGGAAAGCCAGACUUUUACAAAUCCCCAGUCUCUGAAAGUUUUCCCACGAUGAAUUUUGGGGCAGGAGGAAGAGUUAGGACCCAGGGCCAGCAGCUUCAAGCAGCAUGAAGUCAAAAUGCGUCCAAAUGUGACAAGCAGGCUUGGUUGUAAGUGCAAAGAGCAAGGCUGUCAUUGUUUCCACGAAGCGUUCUGGAAGCUUUACAACUAAAACUUGCCGUCAGUUUGGUUUAAAAACAAACUACACCGGAGGGGGACGGGGGGUGGAGAAACCACACACAACACCCCGAAAGGUCAAAGAAUGUGAAGUCCCUUUUGAAGUUAACUUUUGAGUCCCUGGCUGGGAGGUCCCCCGAGUGUUCCGCCGUGGGCUGGAGGUGGCGUUUCUGUUGUGAUUUAUGUGGAGUGGUUCAAAACAGAAGUUAAUCACUCGGGAAGCGGACGGGAGGGGCGGCGCUACUGCGCAUGCCCGGGAGCCGCCUGGAGUUUGGAACUCCACAUUCUUCCAGACCCGGCCCGCUGGGGGGCGUUCCUGAGGGGGUAGCCGCAAGGCCAGCGGGGUUCCUUCGGCUGCGUUUCUGUGGGAGGCCCUGAAACGCGCGGAGCUUCCCUCUGCCGCCAGGCUUUCCCAGCGAGAGUGAAAUUAAACUUGAAACUCGGAUCAACUGGUAGUCGUUGUUGGUAGAACGCCCUAAGGACCCCUCCCCGAGGGACGGAGGGAGGACUCGGGACAGGGAAUUGGCCCUGGGAGAAAACGCGCGGGGAGCGUCCGAGACGCCCCGUGAAAGCCGUGCCGACCCUUGGGAGGGUUGACAGGUCUAGAGAGACGCGCUGUCUGUUGUGGUGGGCCUCCCCGGAAUAAGUGAGGGGCUCUGUGUUUCGAGGAUGGUUCUAGCGCAGAGCCGGGCGUCCGCCGGCGUGGGCUCCCCGCAUUGUUCGGGCUCUGGCGGGGGCGGCUCUGAUUACUUUCCAUGGCCCGCCCCCCACCCCGGGAAUCCCCAGUGCUCCUUUUCCACGGCUUUUCUGGCGUCCCCCCGACUCUCCCGCGGCACUUUGGCCUACCUUCCCCCAGCGCCCUGGUCCUCCCUGGAGACCACCUCUGCACUCCCAGGGUCCUCCUGCCCCCACCCCCACCGGCGCGUCGCCCACAGCCGCGUGCCCUCUCCCCGGAGCUGGGGACCAAGGCUGGGCCCCGCCGGCCGCAUCGGUGGGAACUUCCGCGGUCCCCAUCCCAGGGCGCACAGGGUCCAGCUCCUCGGCGCCGACUCAUGGAAACAAUGAAAGGUGACGGGCUGAAGGGGAAACUUUGCGACUGGUUCAGGGCUUGUCGGGGGAGCCGAGGCUGCCGAGGUUACCCGGGUUUCUUUCCCCUUUUAGGUUUCCCUGGCGAGUCGUCUGGGGUGGGCAGGCCCCUGAAAAAGUGGGAUUCACGGCCUCAUUUCUAGUUUCUUGGGUCCUGGAGUUCCUUUGCUUGUGCUAACUCGUGCAGUGUGCGGGCCGGCCUGUUUCACUUGAGGCCGAGGAACUCUCAAGAACAAAAGCUACUUGCUUUUCCUCCUUGGGCCCCUCCCUCUCCUCGUGCUCCUCCGCGGUCCUCCCCUAAAACUACCUGGGGCGGGGGGGGAGCCUUCCCCGUCGGCUCUGGAAAGACUCCUGAGGAAGUCGAGCCCUCAUUACUGUCUUGUCUUAUAAAAGUCUGCAAAUCUUUUCAAGUUUUCUUAAAACAAGUGCACUUUCAGCUCCAUUCCUGAGCCCGGGGUUUGGUAAGCCUGGUUUGUGAUAAUAGUGUGUCUUCCCAGAAAGCUGAGAGUGACGCCAAAAGAUCUCCCAAAAUGACUUUAAAACAAUGAGAAGGAUCGAUAAGGAAAAUCCACUAAGUCUUUUUGCUCCCAGUUUUUAACUGUUGAAUUCCUGCUUUGGGAUUGCUCUUUGGCUGGGGUAGCCAACCACACCUUGGAUUUGGUGGCUUGAGUGUUCAAUUCCUGUUGCUUCUCCCAAGGAGAUACUGAUUUUUUUUUUUUUCUUUUGUUCCUGGAGACCGGGUCCGGCUAUGUUGCCCAGGCUGGUCUCGAACUCCUGGGCUCAAGAAAUCCUCUCGCCUUGGCCUCCCAAAGUUCUGGGAUUACAGGCAAGAGACAUUGCUCCCAGCUCAAAGGAGAACUUCUGGUCGGGAAACUUGUUGAGUUAAAUUUGCUUUUUCCUAAUUGUGCAUCUCGACUUUUCCCAUCAAUCUUAUUUCUAGAGUUUCUUCACAACCAGUGUCUCCCUGCCUCCCUGUCUCAUGAUGUUACCGAGCUAUUCAGAAAAGAAAGUGCAGGGCUGGGCGCGGUGGUUCACGCCUGUAAUCCCAGCACUUUGGGAGGCCUAGGCGAGCAGAUCAUCUGAGGUCGGUAGUUCGAGACCAGCCUGACCAACAUGGAGAAACCCCGUCUCUACUAAAAACACAAAAUUAGCCGGGCGUGGUGGCUCUUGCCUGUAAUCCCAGCUAUUCGGGAGGCUGAGGCAAGAGAAUCGCUUGAACCCGGGAGGCGGAGGUUGCGGUGAACCGAGGUUGCCGCAUUGCGCUCCAGCCUGGGUGACAAGAGCGAAACUCUGUCUCAAAAAAAAAAAAAGUGCAGGAACAAGGUCGCUGCUUAGAGCGGUGGGAUCCUCAGGCCAUGUUGUGGCUUUCUACACAACAUUUCCUUGUAUGUGGAUAGCGUGAAAGAAGCUUGUGAUCCUGCCCCCACCCUCCCCACCGCCACAUUUUUUAAAGUGUAAGCAAAGCAAGACGUUUGGAAACAAGUCUUAACCGGGAAACUUUUCAAAAGCGCUGUUACAAUAGGAAAUGAGUAAGGAGGAAAAAAGUCUUUGUUUUUCCAAGCUGAGCCACAACCAGGAGGGAGAGUUUUAAUGAAAACAGUCCUGACAGCAGCAAACGUGGUUUUACUGCAGUGAAAUAUCAGCUGGCGUAGCCAAGGCACUGAAGUCUUAACUUCCUGUUACUUCAGCUUUUGUGCGCAUAUUGGAAAUAUUUGUUAAGAGUUCCAGAGGCCUGGCAUUCAUUUAUUUAAAUGAACUGAGACCAGAGUAAAGUCGCGCUGCAGUUUGGUGUUGCUUAACUGAAACCUGCUUUUGUGUGUCACUAACCUAUUCUGAAAGAUCAGGCUUCUUGUCAAACUAGGCAAGCAGAUCAAAGGGCAGCCUUCAGGGGCUUUUUUUGUUUCAAACUCUUUGUGAUUACCAACUUACAGUCGGGAAUUCACUGUUCAAUGAGCAAAUUUUCACACUUUUUCUAGAUUAAAAAAAGGAAGGAGAUAAUAGCCUUCAGAAGAAUGUCUGGCUUUUCAGACGUUGGAGAGUUUAAACAAAUUGCUUUAUUCAAAUUUGCUUUAGUCAUUUAAUUAACUUGACACUUUUUUUAAAAGUUCGAUUUCUUUAAUUAUUAAAGCCAAUGUGAGACAGGAACUCAGCUAUAAUUUCUUUAAGCUAUUUUAUUAAUAGUUCUUCACCCAAAUUUCAAUAUGGGUUUUGAAAGUCUCAUCUUGCCAAUAGUGAAAGUAGUUUCAGUUUUAAAUGGGCACUUUUAAAAAACUUUUUAAAAACUUAAAUCAUCAGGGGAGGGGAAUUUCAAAUACAUGGCAGUUAAAACUUAGGAUUCUUGUGCGGUUUAUUUGUAGCUGUUUAUUAAGCUGUGAGCUAAAGUGAAUUUGCAAGAUCAUCCACCUCUUUGUUAGAACUUGCUUUACUUUGUCUUUGGAGAGUUCUGCCUUUUGUAGGAAUACCCUGCAGCACCUUCUGCCCCCUGCAGUCCAAAACUAAAAAUGUGUCACCAAGUCAGAGUCAAUCAAAAGGGUGGGAAAAAUUCCUUUAAAAAACAUGGUGUUUAGCUUAAGAGGAAUAUUCCGUUUUUAUUUCCUGUCAAGGGGAACUGGCUCCAUUAAGGUCAAGUCAUAUUUUCAACCAAAAUUACAUACUACAGAGGAAAGAGCAUACAAAGCUAAAAAUGCUUACCUUUACAUUUUUGUUGUUUUAAUUACUUCCCCUAAUAUAGAAGUACUGAUUUUUUUCAAGCAUGCCAUUGUUUGUAAUUCAUUUCUGUUUUUAAGAGUCUAGAUUGUCUACAAGCAAAAGAAUGUAUUUCUUUAGUCAUUCGGAGUUAGCCUGCUGUAGUUUUUGAAAGGUGGAAUUAAUAGCGUUUGUUAUUUAAUUUUUUUUAAGUUCAGAAUGAUGUUUAAAUAUCUGUAAAGGCCAGUUCUGAAGCUUUAUUGAACCCAGUCCAUCUGUGAUUUAAAUAUUCUCUAUGGCUUGUGAAUUCUUAAAAUUUCUGGCAGGAUUAAAGUACUUACAGCCAAAAGAGCUUCCUCUGGGGCUUGCAUAUUCAGUUUCCUUUGUCAUGUAAUCAUUUAAGACUAAACUCUGCUUAUUGAUAUGUAGUAUUCUAUUCUAGGUUGAGAUCAAACUGGUAGCUGAAAUUUAGGAGACAUUUUUAAUUCAUUUAGUAUUAGGCAUCUUUUGACCUUACUAAAGUACCAGUAAUAGAAAAA